GAGGCUGCCUUGUGCCACCACCAUGCGCGCCGACGACUCAUCUCUUUUACCUCCUGGCCCGCCCAAGGACCACGCCAAAGAGCAGGACAACGACGUCGCCGACUGCGACAUGGACGCCGCACGCACACUAAUGAGCCCUCCCCCCGAAGAGACCUUACGAGCACGUCAUCAGAGCACCCCACGCUCUCUAUCUAUCACCUUGACCGCGUCCAACAAGCGCAAGCGCACCCAGCCGGACGGCCACGCCCCAGACUCGCCCAUGGUACCCACAACGCCUACCGCCAAGUCGCGCAAGCAGCGACGCUCACAGUCCCCGCUCAAGACCCUCGUUCUAUCACCGCAUGCCGCCAAUCCUCAGGCAGACUAUCUCCCCGCUACCCUCGACGGCAAGCCCCGACGGCGGAGCCAGACACCCAUCCCGCCCUACGAACCUCCUCCGAAGGAGAGCUUGACGCCCGCGCCGAAGCAGGUCUUCGUAUCGCCUCCCCCACCAUCCUCUAGCAGGCGGCGCCCCGCGCACUCUCGCCAGUCGAAAGCGCCCGCCAAGAUCCAUAUACCCAUCAAGAAGGAGAUGCCAGAGAUCGACCUGAACGCACCCAUUCCGCCCGCCAGCCCGACCGACGAUCCCUUACUUCUCAAAGGCUCAGCCCGCUCCCCGCGCAAGCUCGUCAACGUGGGCGUGGGAGCCGAGGACACGCCCAUCGACGUCGACGCCCUCGCCGAAGAGGACGUCCGUCACGUCGACGCCGAAACAGGCCCCUCGCCCACGGAGUUCCGCUUCGACGUCCAGCCUCCGACCUCCCUGCCGAACUCUUCUCCCCCGCCAUCCUCACCGCCCGCCGCCGUCUUCCGCUCGUCCUCCAUCCCGCCCGUCUUCUCUUCGCUCGACGCCGCGCCCGAGGACGAUGUCUUCAACGACUUCAGCACCUCUUCCGCGGACCGAUCCAUGGAAGAUGACAUAGACCCAGCUGAUAUGGACGCCCUACCGUUGCCGCCGGCGCGUCCGCCCCGCGCCUCCGAGGUCACCCCCGCAUUCCUCGAAGCCGCCAACGCUGGCUGGGAAUCCAGCGAUGAUGAGCCAGAUGCGGAGAAGCCCGCCGGCGAGAUCUCCGAAGGAGAAUCAGACUACACAGGAAAGUGGCGCACGCUCGCAAUCCGCACGAAACGUGACCCUCCAAGUGCAGCCACCAUUGAGCGGAUGAAGAGAUGGGGACGGCCGAUCAGCCCGUACCCGUAUGCCCGUAGGAGGAGCGAAGGUGGGACAAGUAUCGUGGGUGACUCGGAUGCGGCUCAGCAAGAGGAUCAAGGAGAGCAAGUCCCGUUGAGGUCGCCGAGUCCGGUUUCUGGUGCUCAGCAGGAUCAGGAAGAAGAUAAGCAGCAAGAGGGGGACGAGCACCAAGAGGAAGAGCGUAGGCCGUCUACCUCGCAGAACGCCCAGACUUCGACGUCAACAACUCCUGCGGCGCCACGUCCUACAACGACUCCCGCAGCGGCGCCGCCCGGCACGCCAAAUCAGCACCUACGCUCCCUGCUGCGCGCACGCUCGCGUUCCCGGACGCCUGGUCCGUCCGCGAUGGCGGCGGCUACUCCAUUCACCGCUCGUGAGCCCUCGCUGCCUCCUCUGCCCGAGUCUUCUCCCGCCGUUCCCCAAGGUGGUCUGAUGGAGGCGCUGGCCGCCCAUCGUCCUCGUGGGAUGGCGGAUGCUCGCGAAGGUCGCGAGGCUCAUGAGGAGGCGCACGGCGAUGGCACGUCCGAGCAGACCAGCGUCACGCCUCCUGAAUCAGUGGCCGGACGAGCGGCGACGCCGGAGCACUCUGGCGCUCGUGAGGCUGCGCCUUCGUCCGACAAGGACGACCAGCCCAUGGACGGCUGGAACAUGGUUGUGCGGGCUCCUCCUGAGCCUGUCGUGGAGGAAAGCGACGACGAGGACGAGAGCGAGGAAGACACUGGCCCUGGAUGUGUCGUCAUCAGCUCGAAGGACAGUCUCGCGGCUGCGAAGUGCAUUGCUAUCCUCCGCCAGCACAACUACGACGUGAUGGUCAGGGAGGCGCAGCAGCGGCGCCGUCGUGCGUCGUCGACAACUGCCCUUCAGGACAUGUCCCGCGCGUCCCACCGGCGCAGCCUUCUGCAGAGCGGUGUCCAGAAAGCACGUUCAUCCACCCGCUCCCCUUUCAAGAAGAGCGCCUCCUUCACCUCGUUCAUGUCCUCCCCCUCUGCAGGCGCCUCCUGGGACCUCGACGACAUCCGCGGCACCAGCACGCCCUGGCCGCGCGGCUCCGCCAGCGACUCCGGCACCCCCCUCACACUCACCGAGCUCCUCUCCGUCGCCGAGGCCGAAGCUCCACGGUGCGGGACGCCCUCGAGCAAGCGCCGCUCGACGAGCUUCGUGACCGAGCUCGGCGGCGACGGGGAGGAGGACUGGACGAAGGACCACUGGAAGUUGCUGGACGCGUGCUUCACAAGGGAGCGCAUCUCUGUGGCUGUCGGCGGGGAUGAUAACUGGGACCCGGCGGAUGCGAGUCCGCCGCUUGCGGAUGUGGAUGCGGUGGAUUUGGAGAAGGUGGUGGACAGGUUUUGCACAGAGGCGGGUGGGGAUCGGUGGCAGAGGAACGCCCUCCUUCGCCGCGCUGCUGCUCUCUCGAAGAAGCAGAAGGCCGGCAAGGUCGCCCCUCCGACGCCCUCUCGCGGCUUCCGCGCCUCGUCCGCCGACCCCUCGUCCUUCCUCAAGUCCGCGCUGUUCAACUCGGCCUCGGCACGGCUGCCGCUGCCCUCGGACAGCCACCGGUUCAGCACGCCCGUGAGGUCGGAGAGGAGCAUCGUCGUCCCUGACUUUACGCCCAUGUCGAGCAUCCCUGCUCUACCGCGCCAGCCGGUGGCUGGAACAUCUGCGAGCGCGGCCGGGACAGGAGUGAGCGCAUCCAACAACUAUGGGAAGAGGGCCAUGUCUCCGGCCCUCCACAACCCUCGCUAUUCGCAUCUGCUGAACGAGGCGAAGUCUAUCUCGCGCCACGCCAAAGGUGGCGAGGAUGGUGACUCCGACGAUGAGGAUGCUGCCGAGGUUAACCGGUCGCUGUCCAUGGAGCCGGAGGAAGAAGAGGAGGCGGGGGAGGAGGAACAAGAAGAGGCGGCCAAGGAGGAAGAACAGGAGCAGCCCGGCGGCCUGAAGAGGUUUAUCUACUCGUACCUGCCUCGCUCUCUGACGCCCAGCCGCCGUAACCGCGCGCAGCCGAAGCAGCUCCCGCAGAAGGCGCUCCCUCCGCCUCCCCAGCUACCUCCCCGCGGGCCCAUCGAGACCCCCGAGCGGCCGCCGCCCGAGCCCCUCGUGCCGCCAAAGGAGCUCGUCGAGCUGCACCAGGCUCCGCCGCCGACGAAGCUCCCGCGCCCGGUGGCCAAGCCCAAGCGGCUGGUCGAGCUGCAGCACGUGCCCACGCCCGACCAGUGGGACAAGCGGCUGUUCAACUUCCGGCCGCGGGAGCGCAAGGACAGUGGCGGGAGCGUGAAGGACCUGAUCAAGAGCUUUGAGGAAAUCGACCGGGCGAAGAAGGCUGCGGCGGAUGCGAAGGCGAAGGCGAAUGGGAAGAAGCCGGCGUGGAAGUGAAGGGAACGUUUGACUGGCCAUGGGUAGGGCAAGGACGAUGAUGUUUACGAUCUAUAUGCAGGAUAUCUGUGCCAUGCUUUCGUAUCUAGCUUUCAUGUCUUGGUAAUCUACAUAGUAUACCGGUGUAUGCGUUCCUCUCGUUCGACCCAUCUAUACCAUCUUUAGUAGGAUAUGUCAACCUCUGGCAUCGUUGGAUCCAUAUCAGCACGUUCUCGAUAUACCUAUAUGCGGUACAUUUAGGUGGAUGCUCUAUUUGUUUAGAUCGGUACGCGAGAUCUCACUUGCGGGCCCAGGGGUGGCGUGUUUGCUAGUGCAUCGAUUAUCCAUGUCUCGGAGGGAAUGAAGGGCCAUCAACGCGC